AUGCAAGGGUUGAGCUGGAGAAAAACCCAGCCAGAAACUGAGCCAGAGCAGGCCGGCCUGGAAUUUAUAAUGCAGCAGAAGAAACGAAUAACCCUGGCCAGAUGCUAUGCGACUGUCUGGCGCGUGUCUGUUGGAGUCGAGCUUGCUUGCUUGCUUUGCCUGCUGCCGCCGUCUGUCAACUGGAAUAAUGUGCGGAAGGGGAAAGUUCGGACUGCCCUUAGACGGCCUGCAUCGAAGCCCGUAACCGCGUCCAACUCGUUCAACAAGGUCAAUGGGCAGUACUGGCGCAGCGGGAGUGCUUCUGAAGACGAGUCUGAGGCUGGAACCCGCGCAGAGGAGAGCAAUGCUGUGGUAAAAGAUGGAAGUGAUGGCGAUGGCGAUCGUUCCAGUGAUGAUUCAACCGAUCUUUCGGAUGUCGACGACAACGACAGUUCCAUCCUGUUGAAUAUGGACCAGCCGAGCACGGAAAACCCGCAGCUAGAACCACAGCCUGUACAUACAAACGAGGAACAGCCACCAAUGCCGCUUGACACAACCACCACUGUUGAAAUUAAAGAAGAAACUGGACAAUUGGAAGCCGAACAACCUGCUAUCAAAGAUGAAGAUAUAGACACAACUGCUCAGACGGCCUAUACGUCGAAGUACAGCGUGCCCCCUCAGACCAUUGCAGAGUUGAAUGCGGAAGAUUUCAAGAAGCAGUUAAAAUACAUACUGUAUAACAGCACUGGCAAUCCCGAUCCUUCGACACCUGUUAGAUGUAUAGAGUGUUUCAGAGAAGGGCAUCUAUCAGACAUCUGUCCCAACAAAAAGUGCGAACAUUGCGGUGCAUGGGAAGCGCAUGAGUCUAGAUUCUGCCCAACUUGGCGUAGGUGCCAGAAAUGCAGAGAGCGCGGCCAUGACAAGGAUUUAUGUUCGGCACCACUUCAGGGGUCUGCUGCAGAGGUUCCUUGCGACUUGUGUGGCUCCGACCGGCACAUCGAAUCCCAGUGUGAUUUAAUGUGGAAGCAACCACAUCCUACAUAUACCACUGGGAAGCUGUUCAUUUCAAUAUCAUGUGCACAGUGCGCCAGUUCUCAACAUCUUAUCGGAGACUGUCCGUCAAUGCGUGCUCCAUCACACUCUACAUCUUGGAGCCUAAAGGCGUUUGACCCUUCUAUUAUCUCCAACACGAGUCUGUCGUCUACCGGUGUACCAAACGGGAGAACAAAUGGUGCCAUUCCCCAGUUGAAAAUCAAAGGACGUGCGCAAAGGGAACCAACCCCAGAAGAGCAUGAGCUUCAUAUAAGAUCUCGUCCCCAGCCGCCUUCAGCGCCUCGCUCAAACAUUAAGUUUGCUGAGGGCCUUGGGCGUGGGCGGAACCUGAGCUCAAACCAACCUCGCUCCAACGAUAGUGGAAGUGAUCGCUACACGCCUCGAGACUCUCAACGUGAUUACCGGGAACGAGACCAGUACUUUAACCCCAAUUCUCGUCCGCGAUCCCGCUCUCCAGAGUCACGGUACGGUGGAAAUCACCGUAGACCACCCCUUCCACCAAGCCGUGGAAGAGGUCCACCACCUCCUUCUCGCAACCCUGGAAGGGACCGAGGAAAGGGCAGAGGUGGUGGUGGUGGUGGUGGUGGCAGCCAGUGUGCUGGGAAAGAGUCCUCGAGGCCUAUACCUGGUCGAGGUAAACGGAAAGGCAAUCGAAACACUUGA